CUAAAACCUUGUAAAGUAAUCUAUACUCCCUCCUUUUCGGUACUGGUGAUGAAGAUGCCCAUGGAAACUGAGGAUAUUUGGAUUAAUUGGCAGCCCCUCUAUGGGUACAGGAAAACAUCAUAAAUUUUGGAGGUGAUCCAGGCUCUGUCACCAUUGCUGGAUAGUCUGCAGGAGGAAUCAGUGUUUCUGCCCUUGUCCUGUCUCCUCUGCCACAGAGUCUGUUCCAUAGGGCUAUCUCAGAGAGUGGAGUUGUAGCCAGAACUCUGAUAACUGACCAUCCUGAAAAACAAGCCAAAAGAAUUGCAACUGUGGCUGGCUGUGAAAAAUCUGAUUCAGCUACAAUGGUUCAGUGCUUAAGAGAAAAAACAGAGGACGAGAUGGUAAACAUAACUCUAAAAAUGGCAGCAUGCUCCUCCUGAGCUUGUUCAUCUAGUAUAUGAUGAGUAUGUAAAGAAGUGUGAGAAUGGUUUCCUUGAGGCAUUGGGAGAUCCAAUAUUUGUUUUUCCAGAUAUUGAAAAAGCCAGAUAUCACAGAGAUGCCGGUAAUCCAGUGUACUUUUAUGAAGUUCAGCAUCAACCAAGUUCAACUAAAUAUACAAGGCCAAACUUUGUAAAAGCAGAUCAUCCAGAUGACAUUGGCUUUGCACUUGGAAAGCCCUUCUUGGCAGGACGCGGUGCCCUCCGUGCGCCUGGGCUGCCCCGGCUGCGGGGUCUGCGGCGCCGCGCUGCUGCACCUGGUGCAGGUGUACUGUCCCCUGGAGGCGUCCCCCUACCACCGCGUCGCCAACGUCUUCGCCUGUGCCGGGAAGGGCUGCUGGGGAAAGCCGCAGAGCUGGAAGGUGCUGCGCUCCCAGUGUUUGCAGGCAGAAGACAAGGAAGCACGAGAUCGGAGUUUAAAGCAGAAACAGGAAUCUAACUUUGCUGCAAGUGAUUGGUGUGAAGAAGCAGAUGACUGGGGGGUCUGUGAUGAAGCAGAAUCUCCUGCGUACACAUCCCUUCAGCUGCUUGGCUUAAAUGAAGUGAUGAUGAGCAACUCCUUGUCCAGAGAGGUGGAGUGUGCAUCCCAGUUCCAGCAGCUUCGCUUGUCUGAAGCUAAAGAUGUGUCGGGUCCCCUGAGUAUUCGUGCUCCUGUCAGGGAAGGAACAGUAGCGGCUAGUUCAGCUCCUGUGUUCCAGCCCUAUUACAUUAGCGUUGUGGAUGAGGAGGACUACACUGGUUUCAUUGAUACAGAUCAUGCAGAUAAGCUAUUAAAGGAGUAUCAGCAGAGAGAGGGUGUUGAUUUGGAACAGUUGAUGUCAGAAAGUUUUGCAGGUGAAAGUGACAAUGAAAAAUAUGAGAAGAGUGAAGUCAAAAGCAGGGAUCACACAUUCCAUAAAUUUAUGAAAAGAAUAUCUGUCUGUCAUGAACAGAUUUUAAGAUACUCCUGGGGGGGACAGCCUUUAUUCAUAACGUGUCCUCCAGCCAACAUUAACAAAGGUAUCCCAGCCUGCAGUAACUGUGGAAGUAACAGAGUAUUUGAAUUUCAACUUAUGCCAGCACUUGUCAGCAUGCUCCAGAGUGAUACAGAUCUAUCAGUGGAAUUUGGAACUGUUAUAGUUUACACGUGUGAGAGGAGCUGUUGGCCAACAAAUCAUCAAACCCCUCUUGAAGAAUUUAUUUUUGUACAAGAAGACCCAGAUCAGAAAUUAUUUAAAUAAAAUGUAUUUCUCCACA